UCUGUUUACAACACACCGGAAAGGCCGCAUCGGAUCGUAGGCGAUGGACGAGCUAAAUGCCAUGUCGCUCGAGGUCUUCCAGUACCUCGGCGCGCACGCUGCGGUCUCGAACCUCGAGCUCAAGCCGAUGCCAGGUGUCGCCAUGCACAACAUUAGUCUCUGGAACCAACGCAACAGCCCCAAGAAGCUACCGGCAGACCUUGUCGCGUUCCUCGCCGCGUCCAACGGUCUCUCGAUCAAGUGGCACGCGGUGCUCAACCACAAGUUCUUCGCGCUCGGUCACUUUAGCAUCAAUUCGCUCCAGAGCAUGAAGCGCGUCGACGUCACCUUGGGCAACGCGACCCACGCGGGCUACGUCCUCGAGUCGUCCAGUACGCUGGGCGAAGUGUGCAUGGUGUUCGUCGACGAUGAGACCGUGCAGGUGUGGCUCAAGGACCUCACCAACCAGUGGCACUUUUUAGCCAAGUCUUUCUCCGACUACUACCGCCUCAUGAUUGUGCACUUGGGACUUGUGGGGUGGCAGCUGCGCUUUACGCCCAACGGCCUCGACCCCGUCACACAGCAAUGGUUUCACUUGUUUGUGCCGGGACGCAUGCAGGCGCGACCGACCGACAAGAACGAGGCGGCGCCAGAGGACGCCAAGGUCACGCUGCUGCCCUUCACGCUCUAAGUCAUGUAGUACUACCGUCGCCAAUACUAGACGUCA